CGUUCAUCCACCUCGCGCGCUCCCUCGUCGAGCAAACACCGCCGUCGCACAACCUCUCGAGCACCUCUUGGGCCAGCAGGCCGGCCGUAACCUCGUCAGCAGAGCCGACGCACCCCACUUGAUCAGCGUCCCUCGGCUCCAGUCCAUCCUUGUCGCUCCUCGACCAUGGUCCGACCCGUCUUCUUCCUCCUCGCCGCCGCUUCCAGCCUUGUGGUCUCUGCGCAGACGUACGGCAAGGGCUUCACCGGCAAGAAGGUCCUGUCGGCCUACUUCCCGUCUUAUCAAAUGUCGCCGGCGGACGUUCCCUACAACAAGUACACGCACUUGGACUAUUUCGUCUUCACGACUACGCCGAGCGCGUCGACGAUUUCGCAAGCCGGCAUCGACGACUCGCUCAUUCGCGACUUUGUCACUCGUGCUCAUGCCGCAGGAGUGACAGUCUCGUACACUGUCGGGGGGUGGACCGGCUCGCAGUACUUCUCGACGCACGUCGCCACCGCCACGUCUCGAAACACGUUUGCUCGCACGCUCGUCGCCGUCAUGCAGCAGUACGGCUUUGACGGCAUCGACAUUGACUGGGAGUUCAUGAAUACGCCGACCGACCAGGGGAACAUCUUCAGCCCGUCCGACGCCGCCAACCUCCUGCUCUUCCUCCAGACCCUGCGCUCAGUCGCCGGCAUCAACACGCGCCUGUCGAUGGCGGUCCCGGUCAGCGGCGUCGUCGGCGCGUCGGGCGAGAUCCUCGCCGACAUGAAGCCCUUUGCCGCUCAGCUCGACUACCUGACUAUAAUGUCGUACGAUAUCACGGGCACCUGGAACGGCUACACGGGCCCAAACUCGCCAUGGUCUGCCGGUUGCGCGCCGGCCGGGAACCCCUACUCGGUCUACAGCGGUAUCUCGUUGUACCUCAAGGCCGGCUUCUCGGGCAGCCACAUCCUCGUCGGCCUGCCCAUGUAUGCGUACGGCUACUACGUCAAGCAGCCCUACACGCUCAAGACGUGCCCUGACGGCACGACGACGAUCGCGUACCAGUUUGCGACGAGCGGCUCGACGUGCGGGAGCUACAUCGGCAACAACGGGCAGUACCUGUACAAGGACCUUGUGCCCAAGUUCAAGCCGUCGUCGGGCUUCCGCAAGAUCCAGGAGGUCAGCUACGCGCACACGUGGACGCUCUACAACCCGACGACGAGCGAGUUCAUCUCGACCGACGCACCGGGCACUAUCUGGUACAAGGCGCGCCAGGCGUUCCGCUCCCGAGUCGGCGGCGUCAACUUCUUCGACUGCUCGGGCGACACGAGCGACGGCAGCCUGGCGCAGGCCGCCCGGUACGGCCUCAUGAUCGACUCGGGCGGGCGGGCGAGAAGAGCAGGGUCGCGAGUGUGAACGAGCCGAAGCUGGACGAAGGACUCUUUUCGAAUUUCCAGGAGACGAGGACUUGAGCAGGACUUUUGACGUAGCUCGGCGCAGGCGCUGCAGUACGAUGUGCGUCGUU